CAGUGUACUGUCAAUUGGCUUCAAUAAUGGAAGCUGCUCUUAUAACGUCUGUAUUUAGCUCUCGGGAAUGAAAAAGGAUUCUAUUUGAAUAUACUUAUAAAUGAACUCAAUCUAAUUGAAUGUAGAAAGUUAUUUUUUCUUUAAAAUACACAAUAUAUGAAGUGUGAUGGCAACAACAACUUAUCAACAUGACGCAGAUGGAAGCAAGUUUAUACCAGCUACUCAACGUCCCGAUGGUACAUGGAGGAAACCGCGGCGGGUGAGAGACGGUUAUGUGCCCCAAGAAGAAGUUCCGUUGUACGAAAGUAAAGGAAAGCAGUUCAAAGCUAGACAAAACACUGGUUUACCAGUUGGCUUGACCCCCGAAAUAGUAGCAGAAGCGAGAAAACCUAAGAAGGCUGGUGGAACUAUACAACCAAUACCAGGGAUGAUUAUCAAUGUAGAAAAGAAGAAAAAGAAAAAGAAGACAGGUGCAGAGGAGGUCGCAGAAAAAUUGGCAAAAUGUGGUAUAACAGAACCAACAUUUAAUGGGCAAUCAUCACAGCCCUCUUCAGAUCCCAAUAAAAAACUCAAGAAUCUAAGAAAAAAGCUCCGAGAUAUUGAAACAUUGGAGGAGAAAAUAAAAUUAGGGACCCUUGUCCCUGACAAAGAUCAAAAAGAGAAAUUAACAAAGAAAAAUGAUAUCAUUCAAGCAAUACAAGAAUUAGAAAAAGCUAGCGUUUAAGAAAACAAAAGAGUCAUAAUAUAACAUUUUAAAAAUAAAUUACUCAAUUUAAUUAAAUUUUUUUUAAAUAAAUGUGCAUGAAAUCUAUUUGCACUUGUAAAAUAAAAUUAUUUACAAACUU